AUGGCCCCUUCCACCCCCUCCUCCCAUCGCCCGCGCAAGAAGAGAAAGGUUCCCACCGCGCCGGGAUCCAACAACAACUUGAUCUUGGAUAUCGGAGAUGGCAAACAGACCCCAGCAUUUCCCUCGUCUCGUUCUUAUGGGCUGCGCGUGCGGGUCCCCCCAAUGCACGGUGACUUCGAGGCCCAGAGACAUUGGAUGGAGAUUACCACACAUCUGCCAAUGGCCAGGUGGUAUCUCUACGAUUUGCAAUAUUGGGGCCUCGACUACCCCCCAUUAACUGCAUACCAUAGUUGGCUGCUGGGUAAAAUUGGCUCCAUCGUUGAGCCUGCUUGGUUUGCAUUGGACAAGUCCCGCGGCUUCGAGGACCCGCAUUUGAAGGUCUUCAUGCGCGCCACCGUCAUUGCAUCAGAGUACCUCAUUUACAUCCCCGCCAUCGUGAACUUCCUUCGCCGAUAUACCCGCAUGCAGGGUGUACAUGCGUGGUCCGCCUCAAUUGCCCUCGUUGCGAUUCUUCUCCAGCCGGCAACCAUCCUCAUCGACCAUGGUCACUUUCAGUAUAAUACCGUUAUGUUGGGACUGAUGGUCGCAAGUUUGGAUGCCAUUCUUGCGGGCCGCAUGCUCUGGGCGUGUCUAUUCUUUGUUGGCGCCCUGGGCUUUAAGCAGAUGGCGCUCUAUUAUGCACCGGUCAUGUUUGCCUAUCUGCUGGGCGUCUGCAUCUUCCCCCGGAUCCGCAUCCUCAGACUCAUCAACAUCGCCAUCAUCACCCUCGCCGCUUUUACUUUGCUCUUUGCACCACUCCUGGUUGCUGCAACUAACCCUGAAGCCCGAGCAUUGUUUGCGACAUCGCCGCAGCCUCCCCUCUUGCAGGCACUCCCUAUCUCACUCGACAAGAACACAGCGGCAUACGCGAUUCUCUUCCAGCUGACGCAGACUAUUCACCGUGUGCUCCCCUUCUCCCGCGGAAUCUUUGAGGAUAAAGUUGCCAACGCCUGGUGUGCCAUUCACACAUUCUACAAGCUCCACCACUUCGAUGUAUCCCUACUCCAGCGAGCUUCGCUGGGCGCCACAUUGGCUUCGAUCGCCAUUCCUUGUGGUAUCAUCUUCCGCCACCCGCGAGCAUCUCUUAUCCUCCCCGCCUUGUCCUGUGUUUCCUGGGGCUUCUUUCUGUUCUCUUUCCAAGUGCACGAGAAAAGCGUCCUCCUGCCGCUCCUUCCCAUGACUCUGUCACUCGCUGGAGAUGGCGGUCUUAACAAGGAGAACCGCGCCUGGGUUGGUUGGGCCAAUGUCCUUGGCUCGUGGACUAUGUAUCCACUGCUUAAGCGCGAGGAGCUUCGUGUUCCGUAUAUUGUGAUGACCCUCCUGUGGGCCUACUUGAUGGGUCUGCCACCAGUAUGUCUGGAGACUUACCGCAGCCGUGCGACAUUGGAAGACCCCAAUCCGCAAUUCGAGCUGCACCUCCUGACCAAGCUCAUUCAUUUUGCAUUCUACCUUGCGAUGGUUGGCUGGCAUGUUCUUGAGGCAUUUGUGCCCACACCUGCCGGCAAGCCAGACAUCUGGGUCGUCCUCAACGCACUCAUUGGAGCGGGUGGUUUCGGGCUCGCCUAUCUCUGGUGCAUGUGGAAGUUGAUUACCCAGUGCCGCCAGAUCGAUCUUCAAGUUGCCGAAGAAGAGAGCCGGAAGAAGAAGCAGUGA